CGUCUGCUCCCGAGUAUGACCGCGUCGGCUCGGGGCGGGGCGGYUCCGCGCGCAGGCGCAGUGCUCGCCGCCGCCGCCAUGAACCCCCUGACGAAGGUGAAGCUGAUCAAUGAGCUGAACGCGCGGGAGGCGGAGCUGGGCGUGCAGGAUACGGUGUCGUGGCACGCGGAGUACAAGGACAGCGCUUGGAUCUUUGUGGGCGGACUUCAUUACGAGCUGACGGAGGGAGAUGUCAUCUGCGUAUUUUCGCAGUACGGCGAGGUCGUCAACAUCAACCUCGUGCGGGACAAGAAGACCGGGAAGUCCAAAGGCUUCUGCUUCCUCUGCUAUGAGGACCAGAGAAGCACCAUCCUGGCUGUGGACAAUUUCAAUGGGAUCAAGAUCAAGGGGCGGACCAUCCGUGUGGACCACGUGGCCAACUACCGGCCCCCCAAGGAAUCCGAGGACUGGGAUGAUGUGACCAGAGCCCUCCAUGCUAAGGGCUGCGGGGUCAAAACACCAUCUCACACUUCAUCCGACUCCAUGUCAGAGGAUGACGAUGUGCCCGUGAGAAAGCAGAAAGAGAAACAGCGGAGCAGAGCAGAACGGUCAAAGUCAAGCCCGCAAGCUGAGAAGCGGAUGAGCACAGAGGAACCACAUCCCAGGAUCAAGAUCAAGAAAGAGAAGGAGGACCCUGGGUAUGAGCGCUAUGCUGGUGGGAGCUCUGACAGGAACCCCAGGACCAGAAUGCAGCAGGAUGACGAGCAGCGGCGGCACCAGCGGCACUCGGAGAGGAAAGGGGACAAGAACUGCCAUGAGCAGAGGGGCCAAAGCAGCUCCUGGGAAGAGAGGGAGAAGAGGGAGGAGGCUGGCAGGAGGGGUGAUGGACACAGCAGUCGGCAAGACGUUUCCCCUAGGGGAGGCAGAUCCCGGGAGCUGCAUUCCAGGCACAGGGAGCGGGGCUCAGGCAGAGACUCUGGCCGCUCCUGAGCCCCGGGUGAGCAUUUGGGGCAUGGGAGGCCCUGAGCCUGCCCAAACCUGCUCCAAGCUCCCAGGCUGCCACGGCUGGACCAGUCACCUGGAAGCUUCCCCUUGUCUMUCAUCUCACCCUGGCCAGGGCUCUCUAUGCUGUCUGUGCUGCCAGCCACGACAGGGAUUUGUCCUUCAACUGUAUAAAGAGGUGGAGUCUGGGAGCAGCAGGAUGCUCCCCUUCCCUGAAUCCCUGGGCCAGUGUCCCCUUCUUGCACUGUGGGGAGAAGGUGCUGGGUGUCUUGUUGGGUUUGGACCCUGUGCCCACCUGGCAUCUCCUGGGUUCCAUGAUGGACCCACAGGGCUGUGCCUCUCUGUUGGGGUGACUCAUCAUGGAUUUGUUUAAAGGUUUCUUAAUAAAAAUUCCUGUUAGGGAAAAGUUGGUCCUGGAAGCA